AUGGGAAAAUUAACUCAAUUUAUUACUCACCCCCUCGAAUUAAGGGCCGCCAUUAUCUUACAAUUUUUCAGAAAGCCAUUGUUCUCAGUGAAUGAUACUACCGAAACCCCUGAUUUAAAGCAAUGCUACAAAUUGUUAAAAUUGACCUCUAGAUCUUUUGCUGCUGUCAUUAUGGAGUUGAAUCCAGAAUUACGUAAUGCAGUAAUGCUAUUUUAUUUAAUUCUACGUGCAUUAGAUACUGUCGAAGAUGAUAUGUCUAUUGCUCACGAUAUUAAAGUUCCUUUAUUACGUGAUUUCCACAAGAAAUUAUCACUUGAUGAUUGGUCCUUUGAUGGGAAUUCUCCAGAUGAAAAGGAUAGAGCAGUAUUAACUGAGUUCAAUUCUAUCUUGCAUGAAUUCCAUAGAUUGAACAAGGAGUACCGUGAUGUGAUCAUUAGAAUCACCAAGGAAAUGGGUAACGGUAUGGCCGAUUACAUCCUAGAUGAAGAAUUCAACUUGAAUGGUGUACAAACUAUUAAGGAUUAUGAUAUGUAUUGUCAUUACGUCGCGGGUCUAGUCGGUGAUGGAUUGACUCAUUUGAUGGUUAUUGCUAGAUUUGCCUCUCCUGAAUUAAUUAAAAGACCAGAACUAUUUGAAAGUAUGGGCCUUUUCUUACAAAAGACUAACAUUAUUAGAGAUUAUGCUGAGGACAUAGAGGCAGGUAGAUCAUUUUGGCCAAAGGAAAUCUGGUCUAUUUAUGGUGAAAAAUUAACCAAUUUCCAAUCUCCAGAGAAUACCAAACAAGGUGUUUUCUGUAUCAAUCAUUUGGUAUUGAAUGCAUUAGAACAUGUUACUGAUGUUUUAACAUAUUUGAGUUCCAUCCAAGAACGUUCAAGUUUCCAAUUCUGUGCAAUUCCGCAAGUUAUGGCUAUUGCUACCCUAGCUCUAGUAUUUAAUAAUGAAGAUGUGUUACAUACUAAUGUUAAGAUUAGAAAAGGUACCACCUGCGAUUUGAUCUUAAAAUCAAGAACCUACAAAGGUUGUGUAGAUAUUUUCGAAUAUUAUUUAAGAGACAUCAGAAAGAGAUUAAAUGUCGAGGAUCCAAAUUACUUAAAGUUUAACAUCCAUGUCGCAAAGAUUGAUCAAUUCAUUGAAGAAAUGUACCAAGAUAAUUUACCUCAAGGUGUAAAACCAAACAAGACUGAAAUAUACUUGAAAGUUUCCGAAAGAGCCAAGUUCGAUAACCCAAUUGAAGAUGUUCAAUACGAAGAAAUUUACAAGUUUAAUAUGUUGUUAACAGUACUAUUUUCGACCGUACUAGGUAUUCUUGUGAUAUACUUGGGUCCUUCUAAUGCCGAACAAUCAACACAAUAA